UUUUUUUGUUUCGGGAAUGUUUUGUGUCUCUGCUGUUGCUUAUCUGUGUCUCUUCCGUUUUAAUUAUUUUGGUCUUCUGCGCUUACUUGGUUUCCUCCAUCCCCAGCAGAAUGAAAGAGGCUUUUACAAAAUCUUCAGACACUGUCCUCUGUCACCGGUCACAAUGGAUAUUACAAGGGGGAGCUUGGAUAAAAUUUCAAGGCCUGCAUCUAGCUCAAGAGCUUAUCCUAGCUGUAGAUCUUUAAGUGCAUCUAUGGAGGUAUUAACACCAGAACCAUGUUUGCCAAAGGUUGAUUCACCUAUCAGUUUGACCAGUAAUCAUCAAAGACACAGUUUAGAAUACUGCUCUCCAGAGGAAAACAAAGAUGAUGACAGAGAAAAAUCUGACAUCAAGAGAAUAAGAACAGCUAAACAAACCUCAGUGGAGAAUAUUACUUACGCUUUUCAGGAGUAUACACGAAAUCCUAGUGAGUUGCCAGGAUCUAUCUCUAAUUCAGAUUCUGGGGAUGAUAGUGCUGAAAUACAGACUUCCAAAUUCAGUGACCCUUCCCAAGGAAAAAAAAUAACAAACUCCGCCAACUUAGAUUCUGAACAAACAGGUGUAGAUCCUCUGAUUCAAGCAGCUAUAAGGAAGAUGAAUAAACUUGACACAAUACUGGCAAAAAAACACUUUAAAGAGAGAGCAAUUAAAAAACAAGGCAAAGAAAUGAGAGCAAAGCUCUGGGAAGAACUUCAGUCUAUCAGUACCUCUGGAAGUCAUGAGGAGAUAGAAAACACAAAACGUUUUUUAGCUUUGAUCUCAUCAUGGCAGGAUACAGCUGAUCCCUUCCUCAUUAAAGAAGAUGAAAUAAGUAUUUCAAUAUUUCACACACAAAUUAAUCCAGAAGAUUAUGAUUGCCAUAAAAGCCAGCAUAAUCAGGAUGGCCCAAAUGAAAUAAAAACAAAUGGAUUUCUGAAUCAAGCAGAAAAAACACAUAAUAAAAGCAAAAGCAAUCAGGAUUUCAUUAAAAAGAACAUUGAGCUGGCAAAGGAUUCAGGAAACCAGGUUGCUUUGCUUGAGGAAGAAAAGAAAAGGUUGAUUGAACUAUUGAAAGAUACAGAAGAUGGAAGUGAACUGCAGGGUCUUGAGGAAGAUGGAUCUGGCUGGCUAGUACCAGGAGAAGGGUACACACCUGAACCAAUGGAAUUUCAUCACCUAAAUGAAAUAGAUAUUAAGCUUCAGGUACUAUCUGAUGGGGAUUUUUCUGCAAUUCACAGCUCUUGCUCAAAACCUCCAAGCCAGAUUUAUCAGGAAUCUCUGGCUUAUGCAAACAGAAAACUAGAAACAGUUCCAGGUGAGAAGGUUCUGCGAUACAGUAAGGAACACCGUGAUCAACAGAACCGCCUGAAAGAAAUAGACCAUCAGCUGGAAUCCCUGGAGGGAAAUCUUACUGAAGAACAAAUGGGCCUCUCUGAAGAGCAGCUUAAGACCCUUCUGGAAGAAUGUAUGCGGUCUCAGAGAACAAUGAGCAACGUUACCAUGCCAAAAUCUCAGGAAUCUCUUUCUUGUGGAUUAAGUCCGCCUUGUUACACAAGUCAGGACUCCACUCUUCACUCCCCAUCUACUCUUUCCAAAAUGUUAGUUGAAGACCAUAUUGUACGGAUGUUAACAGCUCAGGAAAAGGCUGGACUUGAAGACAAAAGCUAUGUGCUAAUGCAGAGUGAAAUCCCUGGCUACUAUCUCAGCAAAGCAUUGGCUGAUAGUCAUUUAUCAAAGGAUUCACUGGCCCAAACAGAGGAACCUGAUGACCUAGAAGGUUUACAGAAGAUGGGAGAUAAGAGUAUUACUGAAGGUUACUUUAUGUCAAGAGCACUGAACACAAAAAAGUUGAAGAAACCUUCUUUCUUGGGUGAACCAUUAUAUUGCAUCAGCAUGAACAAUGAGCUGUCCGGGGAGACUGACAUUCUCAGCAUACCACUGCAAACCAAAGGAGGUGAAACUCCUAACAGCACUUUAGAAUAGGCUUUUGAUUAUGAUGAAAAACCAAACAGGUUCUCACCAAAGGUGUGCACUAAUACACACUGAUUAGUAUCAUAGGGCAAGGAUGCACUUUUAUUAAAUGUAAAACUGUGCCAAAAACAGUAUGCACAAAAUAACAGAAUGUUAUCAAAAUGCUUGCCUGGACAUAAUUGGCUGUGAGACUAGAACCAUUAUGAAAUAAAAUACUGAUGGCGAUUAAUUCUGUGAGCUGGAAAACAUUGUUGACUACACAUAUGGAUUAUCUUUUUGAUAACAGAAAAUCAUGUUCCCUCUUGUGUGGAGAACAAAUAGUCUCCCGAGAGCUGGUAUGACAAUUCACACAAAAAUCCAGUAGUGUUUCUUGAAUGUUUUUAAUGAGGUAAACUCCAUAGUAUAGAAACAAACACAAUGUAGCUAUAUUACAAAAUAAUAAAUUGCUUUCAGAGAAUUCAAACUUGCACAGAGAGGAUACCAAAAUGAGUAAAUAUUGCAUAAUUUCGGUAAAUUACUUUUUGCUUAGUAAAGGAAGAAUAGACUUUAACCAGUGAAAAAUCAAAUUCAGCCUGUCUGGUGCUAUUAUAAGAUUUUGGAUAGGUCUCUAUUUUUUCUGACUUUUACUUAAAUGAAAUUAUAUAGUGAUUUCUUUAUAUAAAUCUCCAUUUACAUUUUUAGCCUAAGACCACUUCUCUUUCUGGAAAACAAAUUGUUCAAAUAAGCCAGAUUUUAGCAAGUGCCUCUGCAUCUUUAAUUUCUUUCAUAAAAAUGUUGACAGUAUGAAGAUAUUUAUGAUUAGAGUGCUAUAGUUUAAUUGUAUUAGGAAUUAAUAAUUUUGGGGGGGGUUGUCAAGAUAGAUCUUUUGUUAUACAGGUAGCCUCUUCCAAAUUUGGAGAAACAUUUCUGCACGGUCAUUGGUAUUUUAGAAGAGCAUCCUGAUGUCUCUUUACUACAUUAGAAUUUCAGAGUUAUGAUCACUGCUGUUUCUUGGAUCGUUCGUACUUAACCUUUCUACACAGAAGGGAAUGAUAAUGUCUUUUUUUUAAGUGAUUCCACCUAACAGAAAGCAAGAAGGCAAAUUGUUGGUGUGUUUACACUGCCAGGCAAACUUGGUUCCCAGACUUACCUGCUAUUCAUAUUAUUUAUCCAAAAUGAGACUUAGGCCAUAGUUACACUACGAACCUGUAGAAAGGCAAUUUUGGGGCUGUCAGCUAGGUUCACAUGCGAGUCUUGCUCUUCACAUAAAUGCUAGUGCCAGAAGUGAUCUGCACCAGCGUGUGGUUGUGGUGGUGGUGCUGGGGAACACUGUGGAGAACCAUGUCUGCCAAGGGCAAUGCGAUCUAAUGUAGGAUUAAAAUGGCUAAAUAUUUAGUAGCAGUCUUGCUUCUUGAGCACCUCAGUGAGGAAAAUUGAAGUUUAACAUGUGGCCUUAACAUGAAUUCAAGUUCUCUUUCAUUUAGUUUGAACAGAUGUAGUGCUGUCAGAACCAAGUGUGACCCAGUACCUUCUACCAGCUUCGUUUUUGCUCUCUCUUUAUUAGUGUAUUUUAAGGUGGGGUAUAUUAGUUCAAGCAAAACAUGCACUGUAGCCACUAUGAUGUGACCUGAGCAGGUAACCAUUUGAACCUGUUGAGGUAGACACAGUCAGUAUGUGGUGACUUUAUUGCACAAGAGAGAGAAGGAAAUUGCAACAAACCACACUGCUGUUAAGCAGUUUUCCAUCCAUCCAUCCAUCCAUCCAUCCAUUUCCAUACAUCUCACGGUAGAGUUUUUAAGAGUCUGUAAAGUGACUAGCGUUAUGUUUAUCACAUAAUUUAAAGACCUUUGAGUCAUAAUCCUGCAUUGUGUCAGAGCAAUACAAUGUGGUGUUUUGAUUAUUUAUUUCAGUAGCAGUGGAGUAUUGUUCAACCAUAUAGACCUCAAAUCCAUACAGUUAAUUGUACAUCUUGAUUUAGAAGCCAUUUAGCUACCCAGUAUUUUGCGGGGGGAGAAGGUGUCUUGAAUUUUCAGAACUCUCUAAAUAUUUUCUUUUUUUACUAAAAAAAUAAGAAAAAAAGGAAAAAUCUUCACAGAUAUCACUGUCACAUCAGGCUUUGAGUCAUUGUGUCAGAUUCUGUUUCAGUCAUCUGUUAGAUUAUUUAAAAAUGCUGUGAAGCGGUAAUCUUCAGGCAAAAUAAAAGGAAAUGCAAAAUAAAAACCAAUUCUGAAUUUUGUAACUGUUAUUACAUUAGUGCCAAAUAUUUUGCAAUUAUCCAUAAUUUUACCUUUAAAUCAAUUAAAUAUAUUCUUUUAUAAUAUUCAGUUAAUGUUUACUA